AGGAGAGAAAAGAGGAGAAGGAGAGAGGAAAAAGGAGAGAGGAAAAAGGAGGAGAAGAGGAGAGAGGAAAGGAAAGAGAGGAAAGAGGGAGGAGAGAGAGAAGAGGGAGGAGAGAGGAAAGAAGCAGGAGAGGAG